AUGCCGCAGACCCUCCCCCCCCCCCCCCCCCCCGCUGCUCCUCAGAUCAGCAGAUCCUCAGGAUUGUGCGUCCCUGAAACUAUGCUGCCAGAGUGCACUAAAGGUUUACAAGAGCAAGAAAAGAUGAAAAAAUCUCCAGAGUUGGUAUCAUUUGAGGAUGUGGCUGUGGACUUCACCUGGGAGGAGUGGCAGGACCUGAAUGAUGCUCAGAGGACUUUGUAUAGGGAUGUGAUGCUGGAGACCUACAACAACCUGGUGUCACUGAAUGUCCAGAUAAAUGACCUCAUGAGAAGGAACCAAGAAAGUCAUGGUAGAUGCUUGCAGCAAGUUGUAAUCAGAAACAGGAACACAGCUGAGGAGAGAGUUGCAUUAGGAAAAUCAUUUUAUUUGAAUUCAUAUGUUUUAAAUCUAAUUAUAAACAAUGGAAACUAUUCAGGAAAGGGACAUGAGAAGUUUUACAUAUGUGAGAAUGCACUUCUUCCUAGAGAGCCUGAUGAGGUGCCUGCUGUACUGAAACCUGACAACCAUCAUAUAACUGGAGAAUUGCCCAGACAUGACCACCUUAGUCAUCAUCGCAAUAUUCAAACAGGGAAGCAGCUUUUAGAAUACAGUGGAAAAGGGAAACCCUCUGACACAGAGCCAAUAAUAUUUACAUGUAAAAAGAUUCAUAUGGAUGAGACCACCUAUAAGUAUAACAAAUACAGGAAAGGCUGUGGUAAGUCAACUGUCACUGCCCAGGAAAUAAAUCAGAUAGAAAAGAAAACUUUUCGAUGUGGUAUAUGUGGGAAAAUGUUCUAUAAAAAGUCUGAAUUCACUAAGCAUCAGAUUAUGCACACAGGAGAGAAACAGUAUAAAUAUACUGAAUGUGAGAAAUCUUGUAUUAAGGAAUUAUACCUUACCUCACAUCAGAGAGCACCUACACAGGAGAAG